AUGGGUAUUCCCGAUAUCGAACUGAAUGCUAUUAAUGUGCCGGUAAAACUUGUAAACGAGAAGACUGACAUGACAGAUUUUGCACUAGAAACUCAAAUAUUGGAAAUGAUAAAACAAGAAUUUUUAAAAAUUGCUCUAAGUAUAAAUGAAAGUAUAACUUGGGAUCAAGAUGAAAAUAUAUUAAAAAGAUUAUUUAUAUCAUCAUCAAAACGCGAACGUGAUGAUAUUCUAUACGAUGUGGACAAAGAUUGUUAUUUACAAAAUUUUAUUCGAACAUUUCAAUAA